AUGAACGAUGGGGCAUUCACCGGUGGGAUGGCUACAUUUGCGAUACAGCAAUGGCUUGGAGAUGGAUUCAUGGUUUACAGACUAUGGAAGGUUUGGAACGGUGACAAACGCGUGGUGAUUCCCAUGACCGCUGCGUUUGUCAUUGACGUCCUCUUCGGUUUGACUAUGGCCCUGGGUUCUGAUGUACAGAUCAGAGCGUAUGCUCAAGGCAUCCGCAACACUAGUCCUGUGGCUAUAGCAGCUAUUCUACUUGAAUCAGGCGCAAUAUACUCAGCUUCUAUUCUUGGCCUUCUUGUUACCUUCGUAGCACCUAAGACAGCAGCAAAAAGCUCCAUCGAACAGUCCAUACCUCUCAUGAGUGCUAUCGUCCCCCUGAUUGGCAUUGUAUUUUCUGCAAUAAUCAUCCGAAUGGGCAUGGGUCUCUCCCCUGAGACAUAUUAUACAACACGCGCCAACACAAGAGGGGAUGGUGCUGCCAUGAACAAUAACGAUACCAUACCAUACAACGGUCCGGUGUUCGCGCCGCGAGUGUCUUAUAAUCCUGCAGAUUCGGCAUCGGGACUCAUAGCAGUGUAA